GAUUAGUAAUGUGGUCAUGUGAUCAUCUCACCGAAACUAUUGGCAAUCCCAUGGGCUUGGCUAGCAAACAAGCUUGACCAACAAAACCGGUCUAUCAAGUACCAACUUACAUACCAUCAUAUGCGGACUGUACUUGCCCAGGUCUCAGCUAAACUUCAAUCUGAAAGGAUCUGUUCCAGGACCUUCCUGUGGCCACAUUUUAUGGUCCGUUUAUGUUUGGUGCCCAUACAUACCAUAGGAGAGCCACACCUUGAGUCUCAAUCCUUUGAGAACACCCUCAACAAGGAAAGCAAAUCAGCAACAAUGGCCAAACCCAUAUGCAUGUCACUGGUGUGGCUGAUCGUUAUGGUUACAUGCCUGAGUUUCACCCUCGUCAAGGCUGACGGCUUCAAGAAAAAAGAGGCAUUUGAGGACUUCUUUGAGGAGGCGGCUGAGGUCCUCGACGUUGAGAAAGAAGUAUACAACUUCUACUCUCGUGUUUUACCGGAAUACGAAAAGUGGAAGAAGGGGGAGAUAUCAUAUGAAGAAUUUAUGUGGAAAGUUGGGAAAGCUGUCGUUAUGUGUGGGUGCUCGAUGGGAGGAAAGGUCGUGGGAGCCACCAUUGGUGCGUUUGUUCCCAUUCCCCAGGGAAAGCGGCUAGGGGCUAAAAUCGGCGGUAAGAUGGGGGAGCUGGUCUGCGAUGCUGUGAUAGAACUCAUAGUCACCUUACUCACGCCAGCUACGUCGUGCUAUAAACUCAUAGCGUAAGAAGCGUUUAACAUUCUAUACCGUUACUAAUCAAACAAUCCUUAGUCAAUAUGUCACCAUACAAACGCAUCACCUAUCACGAACAUAAUAGCUUUAACUAAAAUAUAAUUUUUCCUGUCAUUGCCAUUGGAGGGCAAUUUUAGAGCGAAAUACCAGUCGGUCACAGGUUUGUAUUUCUUCUGUUUGAGUCACCGAUUUCAGAACAAUUAGAUACUAUCCAUAACAACUUGCAUGACAUGUUUUAGCAAGUGAUAAGGAGAAGAAUGUUUUGUGCAAUUGUCACUCUGAUCAAUGAUGUGUAUACCGAUGACUUAUAUUAGAUGUUUCCAGCACCCUUUGUAAACAUACUAGUACUCUGCCAUUCUUGUCACAGAAAUAAAGACUUGCGAAAAGGUA